GCAGACUCUGUCACGAGUGUCACGAGGACUAGUGACUAGGGUAGUGGCAACCCGUCAUGUACAUGAAUUGGGAAUUCACAAGGACGGCUUCUGACUCCUGCUUACUACUUACUGUUAUAGGUUCAGCUUAUUUUAGCUUCCUGCCUGCUGCCUUCGGGAUGAUGAAAUGUGAAGACCUUGAUUCAGAAACCGCACAACCAAUAGAGUAGCGAGACAGAGUGGGGUUCAUUCCGGUUGCAACUUGUGCACCUUAACGUGGCUUCGGUGGAGUGGAUUUCAUAACCAUUUGGUUUUGUGAUGCUAUUUUGAGCCAGCUCUAUGUUGUUUAAGGUUCUUCAUUGCAAAUGCAAAGAGCAGUUUUGCGCAAAACCGUGGCCAUUUUACAUAGUGACAGACAUAGUAAUUUCAAUUUGUUUCGACCCUUCUGACUUCUGAGCUGCAUGAGACUUGCAUUUCAAGCUGACCUUCUUCGACUUUGCUUAAGCCCACGUGUCGGUGAAUUCCAUUACUUGCGCACUCAGAGCAGGGGCUAUGCCAGGCAGGCUACACAGGACCUUUUCAGAAUUCUGGCGCCUACGGCUAUUCUGGGCUACGGGUUUCCCAAAGAAUCCUUCCAGGCAGCACUUGCAAAGACAAAAUUCGACCUUAUUGCUGUAGAUGCUGGUUCAAUUGAUCCAGGCCCAUACUACUUGGCUUCGCGGAGCUCAUUUACAUCCCUGGAGCAUGUAGUGAGAGACCUUAGGAUCAUUGUGAAGGGCCUGAGCCAGCACUCUGCUGAUGGCCAGCAGUGCAAACUGGUGGUCGGAUCAGCUGGUGGUUGUGGCACAGACAACCAGCUUUUCAUUCUGACAGAUGCCUUGCAGCAGUUGCUACGAGAGGAAGGCAUGUCACCGAAGCCCUUUGCGACCAUCACCAGUGAAGUAAGCGACAUUGGCUCAUUGCUGCAUGGCAGAAGCCUGACUUCACUGGGGCCUAUGCCACCAAUUUCGCAAGAAGAUGUGCGUGAAUCGGUAGUUGUCGCACAAAUGGGCCUUGAGCCGAUCAUGUGUGCGCUGGCACAUACUGACAUUGUCAUUUGUGGUCGCGCUUAUGAUCCUGCCUUGUUUGCGGCGGAACCUGUGCGUCGAGGCUUUCCUGCAGCCACAGCACUUCAUGCGGCGAAAGUCCUGGAAUGCGGGGCGAUUGCAACUACUCCCGGCAGCGGUUCAG